AUGCCAGCACGGUCUACCGUGCGUCGAGAUGAUGAUGAGGUUCACGGCCUGAACUACAAGGCCGUUUGGUGGCGGGUUUUAGGCGGUGCUCCGGCGCGUUGCUCAGAGAGCAACGGUCGUAUGAUAUAUGGGGUGAGUGAGGCGAUAACAGAGAUGGUGCUUCGACGCCUUGAAAAUCAAGGGUCGUAUGAUAUAUUGAUGAAUAGAUUUUCCUUACAGUCUACCACUACUCCUAAGAAAGCAAAUAAAGGUAUUGAAAGUGCAUUACAGAGUCCUGGAGGGACAUUCGAGGCUGACGAGACCUGCGUGGUGGAGCCUGACCGGGGCAAGUGGGUAGUCAAAUCGGCAUUUGGGAUCGUGAAGCAUGGUGGUCUGGGGUUGAGAAGCAUGGUGGUGUGA